UUGUUGAGUCACUCUGCCUUGAACAAAAGUACUUUCUGUUUCAUAUUACUUUAAAUUCAUUUCAGAGGUGGCUCAACUUCUAAUUAUUUGGUCACUCUUAUCCAGGAAGCUCCACAACACUGGAGCGGUAGCGAGAGACAGAGAAGUGAUAGAAAUCACUCCACCCAAACCGAGGAGAAAAAGAACAGACAAGGGAAGACCUGGACAUGGCCUCAGAGAUCCACAUGCCAGGCCCAGUGUGCCUCAUUGAGAACACCAAAGGGCAACUGAUGGUUAAUCCAGAAGCCUUGAAGAUCCUGUCUGCCAUUGCCCAGCCUGUGGUGGUGGUGGCUAUCGUGGGCCUCUACCGCACGGGCAAGUCCUACCUGAUGAACAAGCUGGCUGGGCAGCAAAAGGGUUUCUCUCUGGGCUCCACAGUGCAAUCUCACACCAAAGGAAUCUGGAUGUGGUGUGUGCCUCAUCCCAAGAAGCGAGAACAUGCCUUAGUUCUGCUAGACACCGAAGGCCUGGGAGAUGUAGAAAAGGGUGACAACCAGAAUGACUCCUGGAUCUUUGCCCUGGCCAUCCUCCUGAGCAGCACCUUUGUGUACAACAGCAUGGGAACCAUCAACCAGCAGGCCAUGGACCAACUACACUAUGUGACAGAGCUGACAGAUCAAAUCAGAGCAAAAUCCUCACCUGAAGAGAAUGAGGUUGAGGAUUCAGCUGAGUUUGUGAGCUUCUUUCCAGACUUUGUGUGGACUCUGAGAGAUUUCUCCUUGGACUUGGAAACAGAUGGAAAAACCAUCUCAGCAGACCAGUACCUGGAGCAUUCUCUGCAGCUAAAGCACGGUACCAGUCAAAAAGUUAAAAAUUUUAAUCUGCCCCGUCUCUGUAUCCGGAAGUUCUUCCCAAAGAAGAAAUGCUUUAUCUUCGAUCGGCCUACUCAUCGGAAGAGGCUAGCCCAGCUUGAGACACUACAUGAGGAUGAUCUAGAACGUGAUUUUGUGCUACAAGUUGCAAUCUUCUGUUCCUACAUCUUUAGCAAUUCCAAAAUUAAAACACUUUCAGGAGGCAUCAAGGUCAAUGGACCUCGCCUAGAGAACCUGGUGCUGACCUAUGUCAGUGCCAUCAACAGUGGGGAUCUGCCCUGCAUGGAGAACGCAGUCGUGGCCUUGGCCCAGAUAGAGAAUUCGGCUGCAGUGCAAAAGGCCAUUGCCCACUACGACCAGCAGAUGGGCCAGAAGGUGCAGCUGCCCACAGAGACCCUCCAGGAGCUCCUGGACUUACACAGGGCCAGUGAAAAAGAAGCCAUUGAAAUCUUCAUCAGGAGUUCAUUCAAAGAUGUAGACCAUCUAUUUCAAAAGGAAUUAGCGGCCCAGCUAGAAAAAAGGCGGGAUGACUUUUGCAAACAGAAUGUGAAAGCAUCAUCAGAUCGUUGUUCAGCUUUACUUCAGGAUAUUUUCAGUCCGCUAGAAGAAGAAGUGAAGAAGGGUAUUUACUCUAUACCAGGGGGCUAUCGUCUCUUUAUGCAGAAGAUACAAGACCUGAAGAAAAAAUACCUUCAGGAACCGAGGAAGGGGAUACAGGCUGAAGAGACGCUGCAGAUGUAUUUGAAUUCCAAGGAGUCUGUGACUGAUGCAAUUCUACAAACAGACCAGACUCUCACAGAAAAGGAAAAGGAGAUUGAAGUGGAACGUGUGAAAGCUGAAUCUGCACAGGCUGCAGCAAAAAUGUUGGAGGAAAUGCAAAAGAAAAAUGAGCAGCUGAUGGAACAGAAAGAGAAGAGCUAUCAGGAACAUGUGAGACAGUUGACAGAGAAGAUGGAGACAGACAGGGCCCAGCUGUUGGCAGAGCAAGAGAGGACCCUCGCUCUUAAACUUGAGGAACAGGCCCGACUGCUGCGGGAGGGAUUCCAAAAUGAGAGCCAACGACUUCAAAAUGAGGUACAGACUCUCAAGAGGAACAUAAGCAGACCAAGAAAGAGAUGUACCAUAAGCUAAAAACAUAAAGAGUAGAGCUUUCCCGUCACCCUUACCCAAGGCAUAACUGAAACAAUUUUAGAAUUGCACUUGAUAAUCAUUAGGUCUUGCAUUGUAACACUAGAGGUUUGCAAAUAUAGGCAAUAUAAUAAUUAAAAUCAUGUUCAUAUUCUAAAAUAAUUGUCAAUUGUGUAACAAGGAUGCAUUUCACCUUUGUAGUAGCACAGGAGGGAUCAUGAGCUGGUAAGUAAAAGUCUUGGGGCAUAGUUGAGUACCAGUUUGGUCAAGUAUAAACUUGGGUCAGGGACAACUCUCCCAGCUUCUUAGUGAAGACCAUGUACAGUUCUCCAUUAUGUCAAUGCCAGUCUAUGAACAAUAAUGUGUUUUCAGGACAUUAUCAAUGUAUAAUCCUCACUAUGGACUUUAAGCUAAAGCAAACCACUUAAUAUUAUAUAAAGAUCUAGA